UUUGCGAAGUUAUCCUUCCUCUUCGAUUCUCUCAGAAAUCCAAAACUCGAAGCUCUACGACAAUGGAGACCCGCGAAAAUGUCGAGAUUUUCAAUCUCUUCGUGAGGCUGUUAGAUGGCAAAACCCUAGCUCUGAAAUUGACGUCCCCUUACGUAGACGGCCAUGCCCUCAAGCACCGUCUCUUCCAGACCACUGGAAUUCCCCCAAAUCACCAGCGUCUCGUCACCGGCAGCCGCCAGAUCGAGAACGAUUCGGUUCUCUCAUGUUCCGGUGACCCUUCAGGAAGAUUUCCUACUGUACAUCUUCUUCUCCGGCUUCUGGGAGGCAAGGGAGGGUUCGGAUCGCUGUUGCGUGGGGCGGCGACGAAAGCGGGGCAAAAGAAGACGAAUAAUUUCGAUGCUUGUAGGGAUAUGAGUGGGAGAAGGUUAAGGCAUGUGAAUGCUGAGAAGCGAUUGGAGGAAUGGAAGGCGGAGGAGGAGGAGAGGAGGUUGGAGAAAGUGGCUGAGGAGUUUCUGAAGAAGAAAGCGAAGGUGGGGAAGAAAGGGGUUGGGGAUUCUGCAGCUCAGAAGUAUGUUGAGAAGUAUAGAGAGGAAUCUGCUCGUUGUGUGGCUGAGGUCGAGGAAUCCGUGAGAGAUGCGGUGAUGAAGGGAAAAAGAAAGGCUGGUUUGAUGGCCAAUGGUGCAGACGCCAAAAAGUUGAAGAUCUGGAUGGGCAAGAGAAAAAUGGGUGAAAGUGACAGUGACGAUUCAGAUGAGGACGAUGCUGAAAAUGAAGAAGAAAGUGAGAAAUCAGUCAUCUUGAACGUUGGUCGAUCUGAUUUAAAUAAGGACGCUGAAGGGAGUUCAGACUCCGUGAACUAUGGUAAAGCUGGAGACGGUUCUGGGGGAUCCUCAUGUGAAAGUGGAUCUGAGGAAGAAAAGGACAUGGCAGCGCAGGAAACCAUGGAAUUAGUUGGAAGCUCUAGUGAAAAAACACUUCAAUCUGAACGUGUUGAUGCGGUUGAAAUGAAUGAUCAGACUACUCAGAGUGCAGUUUUAUCGUGUCCAGAGGCUGUUGCUAUUUCUGCCCAUCAAGAAGAUGAGGUUGUAAAACAGGAUGCUCUUGAGGUUGAAAUCGUAAACUCCGAAAAUGUAUCAGCUAAUCAUCAAGAUACCUCAAAUCCAAAUAGUGGUGAAAUUAUUGAAGAUUUGUCUACGCGUCCUGAACCAAAUGGCUCUCCAGUGUCUAAGUUGAGUGACCAUGACGAAACAACUGCAACUGUGAGCAAUCCAGAAAUUCCUUUGAAUUUUGAUGAUUUUAGUUCUGCUACCGAAAUGGAGGUUCUUGGUUUGGAAAGGCUAAAGUCCGAACUGCAAGCACGUGGCUUGAAGUGUGGAGGUACUUUACAAGAGAGGGCAGCAAGGCUUUUCUUGCUCAAAUCUACCCCUUUGGACAAGCUUCCAAAGAAGCUUCUUGCCAGAAAGUGAAUGUAACUUUUUACCAUUGUAACCCCUUUGACUUCUCUCCAUAAACUUGUAAUGGAAAUUAGGAUGAUCUUCUUGUAUUUUCUUUACAAUCUUUUUACCAAUAGUGAAGUAAGUAGUCAUUAGUUGUGUGAGUGUAUGUGUGUGUCCUUGCACUUUUGAUAGUUAUAAUAAACUAAAAUGACAUACUUUUCUUUUUUGUGUUUUUGUAUUGGAGUUAUUAAUGGGAAAUUGUAAAUUCUUUAACA